UUUGGGAGUUGUGGGGUGCAGCAAGACCCUUGCUCUGCUUGCAGCGAGAGGUAACCGUAAGGCCACAAGGCACGAACAACGAACAACGAAUAACACCUGCAGCAUAGCAAAGUCACGGCACAAAGAUAAGCCAGGAGUAGGACACGGUCUAGCUACAUAAUCUUUUGUAUACUAGUCGACGAUGUGACGAUGGUCGUAUUUGCCUUGCUGAUCAUCAACAAAGCUGGCGGCCUAAUAUACAAUCGGACAUUCCACGAAGGCCUCCAGAAGCUAGAUAGCAACGACUACCUCAUUCUAGCAGGCACGUUCCACGGCAUCCAUGCCAUCUCGAGGUCUAUCAACCCGGCUCCUGCCGUUCAGCCACCGCCAGGCUAUCGGAGACCGCAGACUACUGGUAUCCAAAGCCUUGAAAGCAGUCAUUUUCGAUUGACAUGCUUCCAAACUCCGACCGGUGUCAAACUUCUGCUCUUCACGAGCCCGGAGCAGCCGAAUACGGACAUUGUCGUGCGGAGAUGCUAUGAGAUCUAUGGCGACUUCGUGGUAAAGAACCCUUUCUACGCCAUGGAGAUGCCCAUUCGCGUGGAGAAGUUUGAUAGGUCACUUGGCGCCUACCUCGUUCGGCCCGGAUAGCUACGGGACUGUGAUAACGCGACAGACUUCUCACGAACGGCCACUGCGACAGGAUGUCGGUCGUUCAUGGCGCAUCAGGACCCUUUGUAUUACGAUCUCUACUGCCAAGCUUAUGACUCUGGUACAUCAAGCUUCCGGAGCUACUCGAGUUCGGCCAGUG